AUGCAACGAAACCCACCCGGAGACCUGACCGAUCGAUGGGUGCAGCUCCAGCGCCGCAAUCACAGCAAGACCGCGCAAACAUAUGCUUGUGUCUACUGCUCGGAGUGGAGGACCUGGCAAUCAGCCGACGCGCUCUACAACCAUGGUCUUACGGCCCACCCAGAAAAGAUACUCCAGGGCGAGAGGACGGAGGAGGAGAAGCGGAUAUCCCGAAAAGAGUACGAGGCCGCCUCACUCCAGAAAGGAUCCAGGGAUACCUCUCAAUUGAGGAAACCUCCAUAUAAUGACACGACGAGCCCUCAACCAGAAUCCGCGAGUGUGCAGACAAAGAGACCGCUCGCUUCACCCGGCCCUUCUCAUUCUGCGUCCUUGUCACAGGGCUUACUACACGUCUCUACCCCCGGAGAAAGAGAGGAUGCGGCGAUGCAGGAUACAAUUAUGCAGGAUGCCCCAGGCGACGGUCAAAGCGACCAGCCGCGCAAGAGGGCAGCGGUCGGCGAUGGGGUUUCAGCAGGUUCUGGGUCCCCUCGCCGACAAUCAGAAUCCCCUCCUCGUUCUAGAGCGCAUCAAGUUAUAGAGCCUCAUCUUUCGAGGCCGCCUGCCCAAAAUAGGCAGCUUUGGACUCCAGAGAUGGAUUCUCGUCCGACCAGGUCGUUCACUUCUCCUUCCAAUAUCGCAUCAAAAUCAAGAGCCCCAGCCCCGAUUCCAAAAGCCCGAAAACCAACAAACAUGCCACGGCCAGCGAGUAUGCCAGGUCCUGGCCCAGUUACCAACAAACCCGGUACCCUUCAAAUCUUAGGCAGCAAGCCAGUGACAGUUCUGUCUCCAGCAUCUCCGAAGGGCUAUGAACUUAUGCUGCAACCUGAAACGCGAUCAAUUUCUCAAGAGCAACUCGUAGCUGAAGUCAAGGGGAUCUACGCGGGGCUAGUAAUGGUCGAGGCCAAGUGUAUCGAAGUCGACAACAAGCAGGCUGCUCUAGCACAAGCUGAUCCCAAGACACAAACGGCACAGACCAAACUGAACAAUGAGCAAUGGCAAGCCCUCAUCGCGCUCCACCGAACCCUGCUACAUGAACACCAUGAUUUCUUCCUCGCCUCUCAACAUCCUUCUGCAAGCCCGGCUUUACGUAGAUUAGCAUCGAAAUAUGCUAUGCCUGCGCGAAUGUGGCGGCAUGGCAUUCAUUCUUUCCUCGAAUUGCUCAGACAUCGUCUACCGGCUUCGUUAGACCACAUGCUUGCAUUCAUUUAUCUAGCAUACUCGAUGAUGGCUCUGUUGUACGAGACAGUGCCUGCGUUCGAAGAUACUUGGAUUGAAUGCCUUGGCGACCUCGGUCGCUAUCGCAUGGCAAUUGAGGACGACGAUGUGCGGGAUCGAGAGGUCUGGACGGGAGUCGCGCGGCACUGGUACUCAAAGGCCUCUGACAAGGCACCGACGACGGGCCGGCUCUAUCAUCAUCUGGCUAUUCUCGCAAGACCCAACGCCCUCCAACAGCUCUUCUACUACUCCAAGUCGCUCUGCGUUGUAGUCCCUUUCACAUCAGCUCGGGAAUCGAUCUUGACGCUCUUCGACCCGGUCCUAAACUCGGAUAACGUACAAGGAUAUCGGUUGCCUCCGCUAGACAGAGCAUUCGUUAAAGCUCAUGGUAUUCUCUUCACGAAUCGAAAUCUCGAAAGAUUUAGAUCUAUCGUGAAAGAAUUUCUUGAUCUACUCGACAGUCACAUUGGAAGGGUCACCCGCAAGUUCCUGGAACAGGGUUACUACAUCGCUAUUUCUAACAUCGUGUCAAUGCUCGGGUUUGCCUCUGAGGAGAACAUAUUGAUGAAGAGUAUAGCAGAUAGAUCUACUGGCGAAUCUGACAUCGAAAUGGCGGAAGUAACGGACCGAGAUCCGAUAAUGAAGUCGUUUCUAGAUGCCGAGAGUUUUACUAACGGGACCUUGGAGAUUAUCCUUAGGAGAAUAGGGGAUCCGAAUGUCUUAUCCUUUAUUCACGUUACGCUCGUUUUCAUGAAUUUCAUGUCCCGCCAUCCUCGGGCAGUGCGCUAUUUGGAAACCAACUUCCCCUGGCAGCUCUUGACGGAUAUGCUAAAUACGUUACUUGCUACUUAUCCGACACUUCACCGUAUUGAGGAUACUAAGUUUCCCUUACCUGUAAAGGAUGAUGUUCGUCCACUUCCAGAGGACUUCGCUCUGCGAGGUUUGCUGUGGGCAGACGGAUAUUAUCCAGAGUCAUGGUUCUCAAACGAGAAGAUUGAUGAUGAGGAGAAGUAUCUUGAAGUCGCCUCGAUGACAGAUGAACGUAAGGAGCGUAUUCUCUGGCUUGCUUGCCGCCUCGCUAGUGCUGGGUCGUGGAUUUACUACGAUGGGCAGACGCGUCGAUUUUCGACAUCUCCAAUAGAGCCACCUUUGGAUUCCAGGGAAUGA